CGCAUGCGUAUUGGAUAUCUAUGAUCAGAAAGCACUCUUCGGUGAAAAGUGAUCCUGUCUACCGAAAACACCGGCCAAACAUUCCGUUCAAACCGUCAUGGAGCGCUGUAAGCUCGGGUAAAGAAGCUGUCCGGACUUCUCAACACAUUCCUGAAGGAGUGGAUUUGUUUUGAAGCCAGAUCCUAACACGAGAGACGUGAAAUCGGACUGUUUUUGGACGAGCUUCGAGCGAACGCCAUUUUCACCCCGGGCGGUCGGAGUUUGAAUCAGAGACCGGGACAUUCGUGAAGUAAUCUUUGGUAUUUCUGGAGGACGAUGAAGGGAUUUCUUAAGAGUCAAGACGGAGUGGUUGCCCUUGGUCCCAAAGUCACGACUGUUGGGCGGGAAAACUGCGAUCUGUCGAUACAGGCCCAGAGCGUAGAGCGCCAGCACGCCGUUGUCGAAUACAGCGAUGUCGAGAACUGCUUUGUGCUGCAGGACCUGAACACGGUCCAGGGGACGUACGUGAACGACUGCCGUAUCCAGAACGCUGCCGUGCGCCUGGCGCCUGGAGACAUGAUCCAGUUUGGGUUCGGAGGAAUGCCGUAUGAGCUGGUGGUGGAGGAUGCACCCCAGUAUCAACAUAGGGUAAGUCAGAACAGGGUGUACUAUCCACCUGUCCAGCAGCGUCCAGCCUGGAGUGCUCCUAUCACCAUCCUGCAGACUCCUGGACCUGCUUCCUCCUCACAGACACAGCUGCCUUACCUGCCUACAGCUACUACUACUGUACCCAGCUUCGCAUGGGCUGGGUCAGGGUCCCCGGUACUGCCCCACCCCCCACAGAAGUCCCGCCCCCUGAGUGCCGGUGCCAGGAGAGGCAGUUUUGGGGCCAGUCUCAGCGACCCAAACACGCCCAAGAGCAGUCCUCCGAUGCCUCACAGAACCAUUUCAGGAAGUUGGGUAGGCAGAAAUGGAGUCAGUGGUUCUCCCACCCCAGACGUCUCCCCUGCACUACUGCAGGACAAGGAACAAAAGAUUCUGCGUAUGGGUGAUGAGAUCAGCAGGUUGGCCGUGUUUGAGGGUGAGUGUAGGAGGAAGGACACCAUCAUCGACUCGCUGCGUAACGAGGUCUCCCAGCUGCACACAGAACUGCGGAAGGCUAAGGAGUCCGGACAGGGAGACGCUGUGGUCACCCAGAAACUUCUGCUGCUGGAGAACGAGGUGGAACAGAGGAAGUCUGAGGUCAAGGCUUUAAAAGACCAGUUGUCCCACAUCAGCAGUGGCAUGGGAAGCACCUCCACCCUCCACAGCGAGUUGUCAGAGAAGGAGCGAGAGAUUGGCAGGCUCAUCACGGAGAACGGGAAGCUACGCAAGGACUACAGCAUGACGCAGGGACUGGUGACCUCCCUGCAGAGGGACCUCUCCAACAAGGAGGUCGCCAUCAAUAAACUGAAGGCUGAGACAGACAAACUGAAGAAGGAUGUCAAGGAUAAAGAUGUGCAAUUAGCUGCUAUGUCUGCAAAGUUUUCCCGACUGCGUGAGACCAAGAAUUUUGAAGAGGCUUUGACAGCAAAGGAGAAGGAGUUGGCAACUCUGAGAGUGAAACUGAGGAACAGUGAGAAGAAGGCAAAGGAUGGAGACGACACCAAGAAGACACUGAAGGAUGAGUUAGACCGGGUCAAGAUCCUGUUGUCAGAGGAGAAGGAGAAUGCCAAGACUUCCCGCGCCCAGAUGGAGCAUGCGAAGGCCCAGUUCCUGGACGUGCAGCGCUCGGAGCGGCUGCUGCGGGUGGACCUGGAGCAGGCGCAGGCGCGGCUGGACCGCUUCCGCAGCCGCAUCAUCCAGGUCACCUACUCCGCACCUGGCAUCGCCUCUCCUGAUGAGGAGGUUGACGACAACCAGGUGAUAGAUCAGAUGAGGAACAUCAUCCAGGACAGGACCCAGUUCCAGAACAAGGUGCGAGACAUGAAGGACCAGCUCAAGCUGUCCGAGGAGUCUCAGAAGGAGUCUCAGCAGAGCGCCAAGGCACUCAGGCAGCAUCUUAGCGAGGCGGAGUGCCGUCUACGUGACAAGGGUCGCUCGGCAAACAUGUUGAAACAAGAGCUGCGCGUUCUUCAGUCACUCUCCGUGGAUGACAACGUGCAGUGGGUGAAGGACGCCGCCUUGAACUUUUUCAAUGCCGAGUUGUCAUGGCAACAAGAGAUCGAGAGCGCCCUGGAGAAGGCCGGAUGUAACGUCAAGUUGUCAGAUGAAGUCUCAGCUAAGCACAUUGACAACCUGUGGAAGAAACUUGAGGCUGAACUGAAGGAGAUGGAGAAAAUGAGGUCCCAUAUCCGUGACCUUGAGGCUCAGCACAAGGGCGACCUCUCAGAGCGGCUGUCAGAGCUCCGAAUGCAGCAUCAGCAAGACUUGGCUGAUGCCAUUGCAAAGGUGCGAUUGGAGGAUGAAGAGAAGCUACGUAAGGCGCUGGACGAGUUGCGGGAAGCAGAGGCGGAGCGACGGGCGCAGGCCGUGUUGGCGGAGAGACAGAAACUGGACGAAGCCAACAACAACAUGGAGGAACUCAGAGUGUCGUUCCUGAAAAGACAGGAGGAAGAGAAGGAGACCAGAGCUGCUGCUCAGGAGGCAUUGGAUAAACUGGAGGAGUACAAGCAGCUUGAGGCCAAGUUGAGGCAGGAGAUAGAAGACCUGGAGCAGAGGAACAAGCUGGAACAGAGGACUCUCCGGGAGGACUUGGAGGACAGGAGGCGUGGUCUGUCCCAGGAGACCGACACGCUCAGGGAGCAGGUCAAGCAACACGCCCUGACGAUCGUUGCUAUGGAGGAGCGUCUCCUGGCAACAUCCAAACAGCUGAAGGAGGCGGAGGGACAGAAGGUCGACCUGCAGAGGAAACUGGAAGCAAAACUGCUAGAGGCUCAACAGAAACCAAAGGUGCCACCAAAGCCGGUUAACAUCCCUCCCUCCCAACACGACAUAUUUGCCUUGGAGCAGCUGGUUGCCUUGUUACGACGAGAGGUGGCUGAUUGUAAACAGCAGAUCAAGGUGAAAGAAGACGUGAUUGAGGGGCUGAGGAAGGACCUGGCUGGGGCCCAGGCCAGACUCACGGACAUGGCUGGUGAGCUGAGUGAGCACCAGAAGCAGGAGCUGGAGCGGAACAGGAACCUGGUGAGAGACCAGGAGCUGGACCUGGCCAAACUCCGCCAGCAGCUGGCCAAGAUGUCUCAGCUGGUCGACAAGCAGAGUGGUGAACUGCAGAAGGCUAACGAGGAGAUCAGAAACCAGAAGCAGGCAGUCAGCAGUAAGAGUGCAUUAGCCUUGUCCAAGGAGGAGGAGCUUGACAGGCUGAGGACAGAGCUGCAAGCCAAGAUAGACUCAAUGGACAGACAGAUAUCUAACCAGGAGGAGGAGGGUAAGAUAGCCAAUGAGCUGCAGGCGUUGGGAGCGCAGUGUCGUGGAGAGCGGCAUGAACAAGUCAUCGGCAGGCAGCGAGAGGCUCUGUCAGAGCUGCGUGCCAGGAUCAAGGCUCUGGAACAAGUCAGACCACCAAUCCCCACACAUGAACAGGCCCUACAGCAGGUGGUGUUAUUGAAGAAGGAGCUGGCAGAGAUGCGAGCCAAGCAGGCCAUGGCAGAGGACCAGCACUUCAACAGCACCACCAGGUUAGAGGGUGAGGUGCAGGGGGUACGCGGCAUGGCAUCAGUCGCCUCGUCAGAAGCUGCAGUGGAAAGGAGCGCCAGGAUCGAGAUGGAAGAAGCCAUGGACAUGAGCGAGAGAACUUAUCUGGAGCUUGCCAAGAGAAUGGCAAACGAGCUGGAGCUAAACGAGUUGGACGGUCUGAAGUCGAUGGCUCACCUCCCGCGUGACGAGCGGGACAGACUGGCGAAGGCGCGACAGAAGGCGAUCGAGCUGCUGGCCAGCAGGAUACGUGUUCUUCACCAGAGGAUAGAACGGAAGGACGAACUACUGAACGGAUACGAGAAGGAUAUGUCAAAACUGAGACAAGCCGAGGGGUUUGCCCAGCAGAGGGCGGCUGAGGCUGCCAGCUUCAUGCGAGAGGCGCAGGAGAAAUCUGACGAGACUCGUUACCUCAGGGAGUCGCUCCAACGCACACGGGAGCAGCUAGACUCAGAGAAACGCCUCAACACUGCAAUCAAACAGAGAAAGACGUUCCAUCUUGAGGAGCAUGCUGUCCAGUCCCAAGGCUGGCCCAAACACAGGUGUCCACCUGAAGACAUACAUGGACGGGCUGAUGCUAAGUUAAAAAGCCAAAAGGACAAGCUGAGGAGAAAGAACUAUGAAAUAGAGACUUUGAAAUCGCAACUUGACAGCAAAGAGCAACAACUAUGUGAUACCACAACUAGGCUGGCUAACAUAGAAUCUAGUUUGGGCCUUGACAACAGAGAACUUGAGUAGCAAGAAGAUGGAGAAGAUGCUACCGUAGAGAGUGACUACUAGAAUUACAAACACAUCACAGCAAAAUAGAUUUUGUGUAGAAAACAUUGUAAAAGCACUGAUGAUACUUUGUUUAGAAUUUUUGAAUUGUGCUUUUAUAGAAGAAUAGUAAUGCUCAGGUACUUGAAAAGUGAAUGGUGUGGAAAAUUACUAUUGUGUCAAGAAAAAUUCUGUAUUUUUCAGUUUGUAAAUAUGAUAGAUAUCUCUAUUUUCACUGCUGUACUUUUAGAAGAACACCAUGCAUGAGUGUUGAGACUUCUUUCUGUCUAUGUACAAGAUUAAUGUAAUGAAGCUCUGCUGUAAAUACUUGUGAAUAUUUUUUACAAAUCUGGUUGAGAUUAGAAAUUUGGUGACGCAUGCUGUCGUAAUACAAUUUUAACUUUUCAGAAUAAAUAGACAGCAUAUAAUCUUUUAAAAAUUCAAUCAAUUUCUUAAUCAUGUCCAUCAACAAUGUAUGUCAUGUUUUGUAAUCAUCAUGGUGAAUAGGUGAAUAGUUUAAUGUUUGUCACAACUUGCAGAGUAGAAUAUGUCAUAAAUGGCUGCAAUAUUGAAUAGAGGUGCUAGAGGUCGCUUUUGUCGUAAAACACCAGCCCUAAACUUGACUGAUACAAAAUU